AGAGUGGGCGGGGUUUGUCUGAUCUACAGUAAUCCGACGGGGAUCCAACUGUUAACUCUGUGGAGUGAGUGGAGCGAGGGGUUCGAGUGGAGAUCCGAGCUUUAUUAUUAUCAUCUUUUCAACUCUACCGUUAAUACUAUCGAUUCAAAAGUGUCAUAUUACAACAAAUAGAUGAUAGUAUUUCUUCUUAAUCAUGAGAAGCAAACUUUUAAGGUAAGUUUUUGGGGAGACAGACAGAAAGAUUACCCAAGGCUAUUCUUCAAACAUGGAUGUUCGGGGAGCAGCGGUGCGUCUUUGAGCAGGAAUUAAGGACAUUUCUGGGUUAUUUUCGGUCAUCUCCUGUUCUUUAACGCCCUCAAAGCAAUCACACCGAGUGGAUAUUCAAGUUCGCCUGAGGACCGUUGUUGAUCUUCUACACAAAAGAUGCUGACACUGCUCCCGCAAGAUGUGCCCUUUGCGGAGCGGCUGGGAGAGGACGCCCCUAUGGAAGUGGCCCCUGGACCUCCCCCCACAGCUCCCCCCACUGGCCCCAACAUCUCGUGGCUCCCAGAAGCCCCUCUACUGAGCCAGGACCCUCCCAUCUUCCUCAUGACCCCUGCUGCCCAGGCCUUGUCAGGGUUUUUUGUCUGGACGGCGCUCAUUCUCACGUGCCAUCAGAUCUACAUGCACCUACGUUUUUACACCUCCCCGCACGAGCAGAGACACAUUGUGCGUAUCCUCUUCAUCGUCCCCAUCUAUGCCUUUGACUCCUGGCUCAGCCUCCUCUUCUUCACCAACGAUCAGUACUAUGUGUACUUCGGCACGGUGCGCGACUGCUACGAGGCUUUUGUAAUUUACAACUUCCUGAGCCUGUGUUACGAAUACCUGGGAGGAGAGAGCGUCAUCAUGUCAGAGAUCAGGGGCAAAUCCAUCGAGUCCAGCUGUAUGUACGGUACAUGCUGUCUGCGAGGGAAGGCCUACUCCAUCGGGUUCCUGCGCUUCUGCAAACAAGCCACUCUACAGUUCUGCGUGGUCAAACCCCUUAUGGCUAUCAUCACUGUCGUCCUGCAGGCCUACGGCAAAUACAAAGACGGGGACUUCAACGUUGCCAGCGGUUACCUGUACGUGACCAUCAUCAACAACAUCUCAGUCAGCCUCUCUCUCUACGCUUUGUUCCUGUUUUAUUUCGCCGCGAGAGAACUGCUUAGCCCCUACAGCCCCAUGCUCAAGUUUUUCAUGGUCAAAUCUGUCAUUUUCCUGUCCUUCUGGCAAGGCAUGCUGCUGGCCAUCUUGGAGAAGUGCGGAGCCAUCCCUCAGAUAAAUUCAGUGGAAGUGUCGGUGGGGGAGGGGACUGUUGCUGCCGGUUAUCAGAACUUUAUCAUCUGUAUAGAGAUGUUCUUCGCAGCACUGGCCUUAAGGCACGCGUUCACCUACAGGGUCUACAUGGACAAAAGUUUAGAUCUGCAAGGCCGCUGUGCCCCCAUGAAGAGCAUCUCCAGCAGCCUAAAGGAGACCAUGAGCCCCGGAGACAUGGUCCAGGACGCCAUCCACAACUUCUCCCCCGCCUACCAGCAGUAUACCCAGCAGUCCACGCUGGAGCAGGGUGCCCCCCAACCCGUGUCCCGCACCUUGAACAGCCUAAGCACCCGCGGGGACACCGAAAAAACUCUGCUCCUGAGCUCCGACGAUGAAUUUUAAAGACUAAAUUAAUUUUUGGUGUUAAAAUGAUAUAAUAUGAUACCCAUUUUUUUGUUUUUUUUUUAAAUGUAAGCAAUAUGUCUUGCCCCACAAAAAGGACAAGUUUUAUCAUCUGCAAACUAGGAGGUAUAAUGCUGAUGCUGCGUUAGAAUGCUAGUUGUUGUUAGCAUUAGCAUUACAGCAACAGCAAAACACUGGCCUCUGAAAGUUGGGAAAAGUGCUUAUAAACUCAUAAUAAUUAAGAUGCUAGGAAUGCCUUAGGAAGUACAGAAUAACUUUGGACUUAACUUUGCAAUAUGUUUACGUUUUUCACAUUUUUAGAUUUGGUACAGCACUUUUAAAGAGAAUAACUAGAGAAUCGUCAGUUUUUUCUCUAUUCAUGGGCUUCAGCUGUGGCAACCAUCCUCUGGUCAUAGCAGUUAAGCAAUUUUUAAAGAAAAAUAUAUCUUUUAAAUGGGAAAAGGUCUUCACAAAGUCCUUCAAAUCAAGAAUAAAUAGGAUUCAUCUGGGCAGAGAAGGGACUGCUGCUGCCACAAAAUGCAGAGAGAUGCUAAUUUUACUUUAAUAUAUAACAUUUUAGUAUUUUAUUGUAAUUAAAGUAAUAGUUUAUAUACAAUUGUGGCAGCAACACAACUCAAAAUGUAAAGAGGGGCAACAAAAAUAUGACUUGAUAAGUUUUGUACCAUUUGUACCUAUAUUUUGGGAUAGGAGUUUUAUUUUCGCUCUCAUUAAUUUUAUGCUAGCUACACUAAAGCUGCCGUUUAUGCAUUCUGUAUUAGUUAAAAGGUUUUAAAAAAUCCAAAGUAAAUUUUUACUUUUGUUACUUUUGUCAUAUAUUCAGAAUUGUUUUAGGUUUAUUAACUUGCAUUCAGACGUACCGGUAGUUCAAUAAUUGCUUUGUUUGUGCCUGGAAAUCCAACUGUAACCAAUAGCAACCAAACUAACUUAUAUAUGGUGUAAGUAUUAAGAUGGUCGGGCUAGUGUCGGCCUAUAGCCUUUCACACGUUUUGUUUACACAUUUACAAGACUUGUCUACGCAAAUCCAAGCCCAAUUUGCUUUUCUAUUGUCUUAGCCGUAGUAUUUCAGAGCAGCUAGGCCUAACAUGGCUCAGUGCUGUUGUCAAUACGGCCAGUGGAGAUGAAAACCUGAUAGAUUAUAGAUUAGCCCCGCCACAUCUGGUCCAGCAGGGGCAGGACGCAGGGGCAGUGGGAUUAUGUGGUCGUAAAUGGGGCGUUAUCGGAGUGGGAUUAUAAAGUCCAGCUCUCCACCAGUCUGGCUGCUCACAAUGUAGGUUAUGAGGAUAGAGAGACAACAGAAGUGGAAUAUGGGUUAUACGGUUAUAUUUAGAAUCAUCCAGCGACAUCCAAGAAACUUUUGUACUAUAUUGUAUUUUAUUUAUUUAGUAUUUUUUUUAAAGAUGCGAUUCACAAAAGUAAUAUGAGCACCAUAAAAGAUUGGGAUUACUUUUAUAAAAUUCAACACCAGGUUUUGUUUUGUUUGGUCAUGAGUGUUUCUAUUCUUAGAUUGGUACAUUUAGUUUUUUAUUUCCAUUUUUACACAAUGACCCAGUUUAUUCAGAAUUAGACUUGGAACAUUUUUAAGUCCUUCCAGUCAAUAUUUUAUUUUCAUGCAAGCCCGUGUUUUGCUGCGGUUUCAAAUAAUUGCUCGUCCCUGACUCAGGAGUGACUCAUGCCCGAUGUGCUGACGUGUUUAUGGGGCCACUUUCUCCUCUGUGCUGUAGCUCGGUACUGACAGCAGGGGACGCUACAGAGACAGCAGAAACACUGUAAUUCUAUAGUCUUUUCUUUUUUUAAACAGUCUUAUCUUGACACAGACAGACGUGAAUGAUUGUGGUGUGGAGGUUUUGUCAGUUUGGCCUGACUUAUGUACCUGCAAAGAGUAACACGAACAAUAUUACAAGUCUUAUUCAAAUGCUAAUGCUUUACUUUACAUUCUCAACAGACCCUGACUCUUAACUUACUUCUCUUACCGCCCCGGGUAAAAAUAUGGUGUACAAUUUUUUACAAAUGCUUAUCGUCACUCCACCAAAUCUAGUUUUUAAUAUAUUCUCUUAACGCAGAGUCGCUCAUACUUUUACCUGUUACAUUUCAAGGCAUGUUUCUUAAUUUGCCUUAAUAACUGUACAAUUACAUGGUACAUUUUGUUCUGCACUUUAAUGACAUAAUUCAAUGUUUUUUUUUUCCAUCUUGUCUUGCACUGUUGCUCAAUAUACUGUAAAUGUCCCGAUGUGUAAAUAAACGCAGACGACAACAGCUAUAGUAAAAAUAUAUGUAUGUUUAAUGGUUUAAGCAGGAAAAUAGUUUUGUAUUUUUUUAUUUCCAUUUGUCGCUGUACGAAGAAGAAAAAAUAAAAUGUAUUUCGUCUGAGCCUUGGGUUGUGAAAAAUGCUGAUCUCACCGUCUGUUACAGUUACUAAAUUGGGCAAUAAUGAACAUAGCACAUGCAUUUCGUGUCAAAAUGAUUCACUGAACAAUGUGUGGCGUUUCUAACCUAGUUUUGGAUAAUAGGAAAAUGAAAGGAAAGUAUUAUUUCCAACAAUCUUAUGGUUGUCUCAAAUUUCAGCUACAUUAGAUUGCGUUCACA